AUGAAAGAGUAUUGGAAUUCUUUGGCUUCACUGUUAGGGGUUUUGGCCUUUUUCCAAAGCAUCCUCCAACUGGUUUUCCCACCGGAGCUUCGCCUUCUCUCCCUCAAAUUCCUCAGCCGUAUCUUCCAUUUGUUCUCUUCCUACUGCUACUUUGACAUCACAGAGAUCGACGGCGUCAACACCAACGAGCUCUAUAACGCUGUCCAAAUCUAUCUCAGUUCCUUUGUUUCACUCAAAGGCAGCCGCUUGAGUCUCACUCGUGCACUCAACUCGAGCGCCACCACGUUCGGUCUCUCCAACAACGACUGCAUCGUCGAUACGUUCGGCGGCGUCACCGUGUCUUGGAAACACGUCGUGAUUCAAAGGCAAUCCCAGACUUUUGCUUGGCGACCAUUGCCUGAGGAAAAGAGAGGGUUCACUCUCAAAAUCAAGAAGAAAGACAAGUCAUUGAUCCUUCAUUCAUACCUGGAUUACAUAAUGGAAAAGUCAAACGAAAUCCGUAGGAAGAAUGAAGACCGGCUUUUGUACACAAAUUCUCGUGGUGGGUCAUUGGAUUCAAGGGGACAUCCAUGGGAGUCUGUUCCAUUCAAGCAUCCGAGCACCUUCGACACAUUGGCUAUGAACCCCGACAAAAAGCAAGAGAUCAUGGACGAUCUAAAGGAUUUUGCUGAUGGUCAGUCGUUUUACCACAAGACCGGGAGAGCAUGGAAAAGAGGUUACUUGCUCUACGGUCCUCCAGGGACGGGGAAAUCCAGCAUGAUCGCAGCCAUGGCGAAUUACUUAAACUAUGACAUCUUUGAUCUUGAACUAACCGAGGUCCAUAACAACUCUGAGCUGAGGAAGCUGUUGAUGAAAACAAGUUCCAAAUCCAUAAUCGUCAUUGAAGACAUUGAUUGUUCGGUUAAUUUGACCAACAGGAAGAAGAAAAACAAAAGCAAUGAUCCUGAAACAAGAUGUGUGUCUGGUGUUGAAGAUGGAGGUAACUCGACCAUUACUCUCUCGGGGCUGUUGAAUUUCACCGAUGGGCUAUGGUCUUGUUGUGGGAGUGAAAGGAUCUUUGUGUUCACAACAAACCACGUCGAGAAACUUGACCCGGCAUUGCUCAGAAGUGGGAGGAUGGACAUGCAUAUUUACAUGAGCUACUGUUCGUAUCCAGCAUUGAAGAUACUGUUGAAAAACUAUCUGGGGUACGAUGAAACUGAUUUGGAUUCCGAUGUUUUGAACCAACUGACGGAUGUCGUCGACAAGGCCGAGAUGACACCGGCCGAUAUCAGCGAGGUUCUAAUCAAGAACCGGAGCUGCAAGCACAAGGCCGUCACUGAAUUGCUGGACACAAUGAAGAUAAGGGCAGAGGGGAACAUGAAAUGUGGUAGUCCGAGGGAGAACAGUUCAGAUGAAGAGCAGGAGAAAAGGGCUUUGGAGUGUCCUAAAGAAGGGUCUGGUUUUGAACAGCCUUGCAAGGAAGAAGAGAAUGAGGAGAUGAUGAAAUGA